GCCCGCCACGUACGUCUCCCGUCCCGGCUCCUUUCCAUGGUUCCCGGCGCGCUCCGUGCCUGCCGCCGCCCCCGCAGCGCCGGCGGCCGUGGAGCACUGGCACGAGGGCAGCCUUUGGAGAUCGGGAGACCGGCGGGAGCGCUGCGAGGUGGGAGGAUGCUGCAGCGCGCCGGGGGCUGACACGCGGUGCUGCGGCCGCGGGGAGCGGUGCCCCCGCCGCCCACCCAUGGUCCCCGCCGGCAGCCGGGGCAGCGCCCCGUGACGGGUGGCGGCAGGCGCCCGCCUUACCGGGACCGGGAUCGGGAUCGGGACCAUCGCCCCCGUGCCGGCCGCCCCGCCAUGACGAGCCUCUUCCGACGCAGCAGCAGCAACGGCGGGUCGCGCGGCGGCUCCUCGGCGCAGGAGCUCAACAACAGCCGGCCCGCCAGGCAGGUCCGCCGGCUGGAGUUCAACCAGGCCAUGGAGGACUUCAAGACCAUGUUCCCCAACAUGGACUACGACAUUAUCGAGUGCGUUCUGAGGGCCAACAACGGCGCCGUGGACGCCACCAUCGACCAGCUCCUGCAGAUGAACUUGGACAGCAGCGGCUGCGACGACAGCUCGGACUCGGAGGACAGCAUCCCCCCCGAGAUCCUGGAGCGGACCCUGGAGCCGGACAGCUCGGACGAGGAGCCCCCCCCCGUGUACUCUCCCCCUGCCUACGAGAGCCAGGCGCUGGGCAGCCGCUGCCCCCGCGCGCCCCCCACGCCGCCGCCCAGGACGGACGUGCCGGGGCCCGGCAGCGCCCAGGCGCCCGGCCGCUACAGGAACUGGAACCCGCCGCUCCUGGGCAACCUCCCCGAGGAUUUCCUGCGCAUCCUGCCCCAGCAGGCGCCCCGCGCCCAGGGCUCUCCAGGCUGCCGGCAGCCCGUGCCGAGGGGGCUCGGCCCGCGGGGCCAGGGCUCCCUGGAGCAGGAGAGGAGGUGGAAGCAGUACCUGGAGGACGAGCGGAUCGCGCUCUUCCUGCAGAACGAGGAGUUCAUGAAGGAGCUACAGAGGAACCGGGAUUUCCUGCUUGCCCUGGAGAGAGACCGGUUGAAAUACGAGUCGAAAAAGUCCAAGUCGAGCAGUGUUGCUGUCAGCAACGAUGUUGGUUUCUCCUCCGUAAUAUCAGGUGACGCAGCCCCCCCCGUAACCAGCGAGGCCGGCAGCGCCGUGUCCGACGAUGCCUUAUUCAGAGACAAACUGAAACACAUGGGGAAGUCAACGCGCAAGAAGCUGUUUGAACUUGCCAGAGCCUUCUCCGAGAAGACGAAGAUGAGGAAGUCGAAAAGAAAACACCUGUUGAAGCACCAGGUGCUGGGGACAGCAGCUUCCACGGCAAAUCUUCUCGACGAUGUCGAAGGACACUCGUGCGAUGAAGACUUCCAAGCACGGAGGCAGCAGCUCCAGGAGGAGGAGGAGACGCCAAAGGAAGGGCAGUAAAUGGUCCCAGCACUGGGCUUUAUUGCUGGCACAGAACAUGCAAAAGGCUUAAGAAGAAGAUGGCUGAAAAGGAAAAAAAAAAACCAAACACCCAACAACAAACAACCCAGUUUUUUGGCUGUUCCCCCUCUGCUUUUGUACUCCUCUAAAGUACAAGUAUUGAAGUGAGGCACAAAGUUUUCUUACCAGGGGUUUGAAAACAACUUCUCCUAUCUAGCAAAUCAGCCAAAAAAAAAAAAAGGAAAAUAAAAGGAAAAAAAGUCGGCAGCUGACCUGAGCUGCAGUGGAGCUGGUGGAUCUCAGACCCGAGGAGCAGCCGUCUGUCCUGCUUGAUCCAAGCGGCGUCGCGAGAAGAGUGAAAAUCAGUUGUGCUAACGAGGAUGCUUUCAAACGUGGGGAUCUGCUCGGCUGGAGUGUUCCUGAACAUAUCUCUGUAGCGAUCAGAUGUAACUCUGCUCUGCACACACAGGAAAAGAAAACACACGAGAAAGAGAACCUAAAAAUCAUUGUCUACUAUUGCUAGGAGUAAUGAGCAGAGAUUCAGAUCAGGUAAUAGUUGAAUAUUGAAUAAUAUAAAUUGUUUAUAAAAGGAAAGGCCUUCUUUUCCAAGGCAUUUCACUUUGAAUUAAACCUUUGCCUUUGGCA